CCGCCAUUGUGCGCAAUGAAAACACCUGACACCUGUCUUCUUACAUCAGUACGAUUCAAAGCGCACGUGAGUGUGGAUCAGUAUCAGCGUCAUCAACACGGAGCACGGCCCGCGAUGGAGAGACGUCUCUCAAAGCUGCCGGGGAAUGACGCGGAUAAUAAGUAUGGAACUUUCGUCUUCGCCGACGAGGGACAUACCUUGGGAAACGCGCUCGCUUCCGUGAUAAGCGAAUACCCGAACGUCAAGAUAUGCGGCCACACCGUGCCACAUCCGGCGGAGAAGAGGGUGCACCUCAACAUCCAAACGACCGGUGAGAACGUGAUCGAGGUGUUGAAACGAGGUCUCCACGAUCUUGAGAAAAUGUGCGACCACACGCUCAAGACGUUUGACAAAUCCUACGAGAAAUAUAAAUCUUCGCAAGACGCCUCCGACGCUACGUAACGCCGUGUCGUUCUCUUAGAAUAUUUCUAAUAUAUUGCAAAUACGUUUUUAAGUUGGUUAAGUAUCAAAAUUGCGUAUAUUAAAGGCGUAGUCAGUUUCUUAAUAAAACAAAUUAAAAAAA